AGGGAGCAGCAACAGCAUCCAGAAAACUACCGAGAAUCGUGAUUAGAUUCCACUGAAUUUCUAUUGAUAGACAUGGGCGCAAUUAAUAUGGAAAAUCUAAACCACAGAGGAAAGCAAUCUGAACAAAGACUAGGGCAAGAAGGUCUGACCGCCGCCGUUGAGUGGGCAGUCUUUCAUUGUUCAGGGGUUGCGCAAUAAACAGUGCCCUCAUUGUCAUGCUACAACAGUACGAAGAAGAGCCCUCUUGUUCCACAAAAAUGAUACACGCGACCAUUAGCUUCCCGCAAGAACUGCAGCAGUCACAGCACCCCCCGCGAGCUGCACGAAGGAUCCAGAUGAUGCGCACCCAAGAAACCCACAGCAUCCCCACAUCAGCACGCAACCAUGAUUUGCUUCACGACCCAGGCAGGAGCAGUUUUGAUGUUGUUUCCCGGAACUAUAUUAAUCGCAGCCCGGUUCUUCAUUUGGGGCAGCAAGAACGUGAACGACCGGAGGUAGGCCUCUACUUCGAACAUGAUCCAGCUCCUGGAAUAUUAAACCGCGAUCAUCGACAUGUGGUAGUUUUCCGGGGGCGUCAAGAAAAUCUCCCUACGGAAAUAAACCAACAAAAUCACGAAAACCGACCCUCUGACUUUCACAUCACAAUCGUCAUGACACGGGCUUUUGUUCGUCCUGAAGAUCAUGUUGCCUAUAAUAUGAGGAAUGAUUCACAUUCGUCGGCGAAUGUUGAUGUUGACUAUGACAAUAUUCAUCUCUCCGAAGAUGAUGUUGAUGUUGAAGCAAGUUUUAGUUCCACCAACGAUAGCACCUCUCCAGCGGUGUUGAACGAGUCAACAUCUCCAAGCGCAGCAAGCACGUCCUCAAACUACAAUUAUGCUUUCUACGAUGAACAGGAAAGAUUCUCUCCUCCACAUGAUCCCGUUCUUCCCGCCCAGCCGCAAGCCUCAUCUUCAGUACAACAAGAACUACGGAUCUUCUGCGAGGACCGAGAGUCUGAGCGGCAGCAGAUGCGGCAGCUCCUCUUUUCCGAGUUUGAAUACCGGCACUGCCACGCGGAGUGGCGCACUUGGACGAGUGAAGAGGAGCGCGAACCGGGUAUGCAAGAAAAAAACUGUGUUAGUGUAUUAGUCUUUCGGGCAAGCUGCAUCACAAGUUCGCCUGCCAUGACUGGAAAAACUUCUUGUUAUGUCGCACAGAUAGUAAGGGAAAACACAUAGGAAGCGAGCCGAUCAUGCAUGUCGAGCACGACAAGUACAACUGUUUUGCAUUUUCUGCAUCACAGAUUUGCACUUACACAGAUUUUUUCUUGCAUACAGAGCCUCAACCGGGUGUUGGACGGGAUGGCUGCGUUGCUGCGGAACCCGACCCGCGCAGCUUACGACCAACUCCAGCGCUGGUUCGAAGAGGAGACCACGAACUGCUACGGUUGUUGUUGUGGAGCGGCCAGUACUAGUACCAACCAGGCUUCAAUUCUCAGCGUAUGGAUUGCAAAUAUGUCUGGGUCUGGGAGAUUGCGAGAUUUGUCAUCUAGCUUUUCCAUGACCCAUGAGGUCUGGAAUGCAGGACCUAGCAUGACAGAUUGUGUGCGAUCUCUCUCAUGCCUAUCCUGCAUGAGAAACUCCCUCCCGACUUCGUCAAUUCUGGACGAGUUUUGGUAAUCAUGCAACACAGAUUUUUGCAUGCUUCUGAUCCGGAGUUGAAUUGGCUUUCAGCCUUUUCUUUUGUGAAUUCGAGGGCAGUGGUUGGCAGAGGUUGUGCGGGAUAUUCAGUUUUUGUUAUCCCGGGACAUUUGUGUUCCUUACCCACUUCCUCAUUUCCUGGUCGACCAGUUGGUAUGGUCGACUAUAGGUGCCACCCUCGUUUCUCACCUCCAGGGGCCCUGGGCACCUCACCAUUGAUGUUUCACUUGGUGGAAGAUGACAGGGUUCUAUGAGCUAUUAUGGGUGUCUAUUGUCUAUUCAGAUUUAGCAUGACAAAUUGCAUUCUUCCAGACCCAGACAUUUUUACACUUGAUACUCCGAUGCCCUGUGCAAGUGGGCCACCGCGGAAUGCGACCACUUUUGUGCGUCGAAUGUUGAUCAAGCCUUCUUGUUGCAUAGUACUGCUACUUAAAAAUACGAUAUAAUGAUAGUAGAACUGCCUUAUCUGCAACUUAGGUCGUAGUUACUCUUACUUAUUCGGCAGUCAGUAUUUCCAUUGGCGACAUGAUUCUCUAACACUGGGGUUCCACCUAUUUUGUUGUUAACAAAGCGACACGCAAGUGAGAUGAACAAGCUCUGGUGGGUGGGAGCUCCUGCUCUUAUUUCUACUGCGGCCUUAUUAGUUCAUACGUCUGAAGAUAAGAAUAAGUAAAUUACUCUGUUUCAACAUCAACAGCAGCUGCACUAAGUACCUAUUGACCGUUGGUGUUGAGCGGAGGCGUUUCCUGUUUGUCUCUCGUCAAUUUUUCUUCUUUUGUUGAAUUCUUCUUCGGCGUCGACAUGAUGUUGCUUGUGGACGAUAUAUGAUUGAAAGUUGAUGUUUAGGCCUUUAAAGGUUUCUCCUGCAAGAUUCAUUUAAAACACGCCGGCUAAGAAGAAAAGAAUUUGGCUAUGUUAUCGGUUUUCUUCCGAUUCCCGCGUCAUUUUUGUUUUGUUGUUGUGGUCGAAGGAUCGCUUUCUUCUUGUUGUUGAGCUACUACACAAAGGUGGCUUGCAUGGAUCCUUAUCUACACAAAGGUGGCUUGCUACUACACAAAGGUGGCUUGCAAGUAGUGCCUAACGUCGAUUCGAACAGGAGGCAAACGACGGAAGUUCGGUUCUGGCAUAAAGAACCAGAGAUGAGUACGAACAAAGCAAGAUCAAACUGGAGCAGUUGCGAAGCAAU